AUGUCAGGAACAACGAGUGGGAAGCCCAACACUAACACCAUUGCUAUCGUUGUGUUCUUGGGCGAGGGUACCCUUGCAGCUGUGGCAAAUGUCCUAACACUCAUUGUGUUUAUUACGAACAGAACUCUCCGUAAGCGCAGUGCUUACUUCAUCGCGAGCUUAGCGCUGGCCGAUGCGCUAGUUGGGAUAGCGGCGAUUUGCCUGGCCGUCUUCAUAUCACUCGGACACGACACGCGCGCAGUGUUAGCGCACCAAGUACCAGACUCAUUCGCGUGUAGUGCCUUUCAGGUAUAUGCUACAGUGAGUUCAGGACUUGGUCUUUUGAUCAUUGCCAUUGAGCGAUUUUUCGCUACGAUGUUCCCUUUUCGUUAUCGUGUCUCAAGAAUGUACCCAUACUUUUUUGGUUUUGCGUUCCAAUUGUUAUGUUCCUCCUCUGCUAUUGUAGCCCUAUUUAUUUCUGCUGACGUGCUUAAUAUCUUCGUUAAAUACUUGAUCGCUUGUACACUUCCCGUUAUCUGUCUUUGCUAUGCUGCUAUCUUUGUCAAGUUCAAACUGCAGAACAGACAGCACGGGCGCCAGGCGUUACCCCAGACACAACAACGAGAGAAAAACAUGGCCAAGACCCUGGUCACCGCAACUUCGCUCACACUUUUGUGUUGCGUCCCGACUGUAAUAUUUGUCACUGAUUUUAGAAACACCGAGGCCCAUGUGGUGCUAGCUUGCUACUGUAUAAGGUUCGCUAAUUCACUGGUUAACCCUGUGAUUUUCACACUCAGAAUGGACGGCUUUAAAAAGGCUCUCGUUAAGUUCCUGUGUUGUUCACGUGUUCAAUUGCACCCAACAAAUGGUCCAUUUGUGGUAAGAGGCGAACGUGUCGCCAGAACCAACAACCUUCAAGACACUCCUUCUAAAGUUGUACUGAGCCGCGAUGUUUGUCCUAGCCCAAUCGUGGUCCGAAGGAAAUGUGUGGCCAGGACCAAGAACCCACAAGAAAACACUUCUAGAGCUGUACUGAACCGCGACAUUUGCCAGGAAAGCUCUCAAGCAGAGGUCCCGUCGUUAUCAUCUUGCCCCGUCACCACCUCUCUGUAA